CAAAGUUUCAACCAACUUUCCUACGUGUACUUGCCUCUCCAUUCAGAUAUCUUUCUUUCCCUUGCUCUCUCUCAAACCCUAAAUCUUAGCUGUAGUGUCCCUGCAACUCUGAUGGCUUCCUGCUUAGGGUGUUGUUUUGGAAACACGAAUACUGAUAAACAUCGCAGCACUGACAAAAAAGAUGGUGGAUCUACAUUACCAGCACUCCAACCAGUGUCAUCACCUCACCACUCACCAGUUAUAGAUCAGAUUGAAUCUAGCUCUGCAGUUCAGGAUCAAGAGAAUCAAGAUGGUGGAUCUACAUUACCAGCACUCCAACCAGUGUCAUCACCUCACCACUCACCAGUUAUAGAUCAGAUUGAAUCUAGCUCUGCAGUUCAGGAUCAAGAGAAUCAAGACGGUGGAUCUAUGUUACCUACACCCCAACCAACUCCACCACCUCACGUCUCACCGGUUAUACAUCCGAUUGAAUCUAGCUCAGUAGUUCAUGAUCAGGAGAAUCAAGGUCAUGCUUCUACCUCUGAGAACCAUCAAGCGUAUGAGCUGAAGAAAUAUAACUUUGAACAACUAGCAGAGGCUACUCGUCAUUUCUCCAACAACUUUCUACUUGGCGAGGGUUCUUUUGGUCAAGUCUACGAGGGAAAGCUAGAUGGUAAAGUCGUAGCUAUCAAAAAACUUAAAAGAACACAGGAACAGCAUGAAAAGCCCCAAAAAAAUUUGGAGGAGAUUGAGGUCCUUAGAAAUGUAAGUCAUCCACAUAUUGUUAAGCUGGAAGGGUACUGCAAUGAACAAGCUAAUAAAUUGCUUGUUUUAGAAUAUGUUCCCAAUAAGUCCUUGAAUUUUCAUUUGCAUGAAGGAAAGGAGCUUUUGGCGUGGGACAACAGAAUGAAAAUUGCAAUCGGCUCUGCUAAAGGGAUUCAAUAUCUACAUGAAGGCUGUGAUCCUAAAAUUAUACACCGAGAUAUCAAGUCUGCGAAUAUACUCGUUGACAAUGAAUUCCAGCCAAAGGUAGCAGAUUUCUCACUCGCCAUAUUUUUGCCGAUUUCUGAUGAUAUUACUCACAUCAGUAGUAGUAUGGUGAUGGGAACUAACGUAUCAUUGAAGUUCUUGAAGGGACUAUACCUCCAGAGGAGAUAUGGAAUUCGGAAGAUAAUAAAUUCUUACACAAUAACCCUAAGGCUAACAGAUCUCAUCAUGAAGACCAUCUCCAGCAUAUGGUGCAGAAACUCCAUCGAUAUUCGAGAAACUCCAUCUAAUGGCACUGACAAUUUUCAAGAUUAUCAACCGAGGGAAAUUACUUAUAAAGAACUAAUUACAGCCACUGAUGGUUUCUCUCUCGACAAUUUUCUUGGUGAGGGUCGUUCUGGUCAAGUGUACAAGGGAUGCCUAAAUGGUGAAGCGGUAACAGUUAAGAGAUUUAAAUAUAGGCCUGGAGAGCAAGAAGAUGAAUACGAGAAGAUUAAAGCCAUUAGUAGUAGUGUCCAUCAUGAAAAUCUUGUUAACCUGAUUCGAUUCUGCAAUGAAGGAGCAAAUAGACUGCUUGUUUAUGAGUUUGUUCCGGAGGACAAAACCUAUGGUUCUUAUUUUCGAGGAGUUGAAUUUGUUCCAUGGCAAAUCUCGCGCAGAAUCAUCAAUUGCAGGAUGAAAAUAUUGGAAUAUCUGUUGGAACGCUAUGAACCCUGGGAUUUGUAUGACGUCUUCCAUAGAGAUCGAAUUUAUAUUGAUGAUAAUAUGAAAGUGAAGUUUGCAGAGUAUGGACGUGCCAAUUUUCUCUCAAAUUCUGCUACUUGUGUCUCUACUGGUUAUAUGCCUCCUGAAUAUUUCCAUAGGAGGAGAUUCACUGAGAAGACCUAUGCUUAUUCUUUUGGUCUAUUCGUUUUGGAGGAAAUUACAGGGAAACAACAUGAUGAUAUCAGUUUCAAUGGCAACUCUAACAUAGUUCAAUGGGCUGUACCUCGGCUCCGAAAAGGUUUGUCCAAUGGCAACUAUGAUUUUAUUGAUAAAAGAUUGCAGGGCUAUGACAACAAUGAAAUGACGCAAGUGAUAGCUUGUGCUUUAGCUUGUUUAAAUGAUAAUCCAGAAGAUCGACCACAAAUGAAUGAGAUAGUUGAAGCUUUAGAAGGAAAUAUUCAAGUUUUAGAAAGAUAUAUUCCCCUAGAAGAUCUAUGGAAAAGGGAGCAAGAGCUAAGCCGUCGACAGUAAAUCAUCAUACUCUACGGCAAGCCGACAACUGUUUAGGUCAUUUCAGCCUCGCCCAAGCGUGCGAUUUGGCAGGAUGAGCCUUGCCUCAAGCAAGUUGAGCCAAGCCAAAGGACAAGGUCUGCCUAUCCUACGAAAAUUUCCACUUACUGGUAUUAAUUUGGCCUCCAACAUAUAAUUUGAGUUGUUUUUUAUUAAAUUCAAAACUUUAUAUAUAUAGUUGUCGCAAUCAAUGCUUUUAAUCAUUUUUUUUAUAUGAUUUGAGGUAAAAAAUUUUAAAAUA